GAGUGCGCCCGUUUUGUCUCGCAACUGUAAAGGAGAAUGAAAAGCAUCCAAUUAAAUUUUAGGCGACAAGGUCAUCAGGAACCCGAGGAGGCCGGGUCCGAAUCUGCCAGUGAUCUUGUCGAUGUUGCCGAGCCACCAGCAACACAAGAUGAAGAUUCGGCUAGCAGUAGCGUUAGCACUGCCACCGGCGUUGCCCCCGCUUCGCCAACAACUGCCGGUGGGAAACAAUACAAAUAUAACGCACAGUGGGAGAAAGCUUUCCCGUGGUUGCAUUUUGAAGGAAAUGUUAUGUUUUGCAAGUAUUGUAAGGCCGAACCACAACUUGCAGGCAAGCUUUCUUCGUUUGUGGUGGGGAAUCCUCACCUGAAGAAGGACACUGUUAAAAAACACAACGCGUCGAAAAAGCACAUUGAGUGCAGAGAUAUCCACAUCAUCAAGAGCACCAACGUUCAGUCGGCUCUGAGGAAGCAGGUGAGGAUUUCGGAAGAAGAUAAGAGAAGACAACUAAAAAUAAAUAUAGCAUGCUUGAUUACUACAUUUCGACCAAUGAUCGCCGUUCACAAAAUAAAUAAAAUCUGGGCCCGUUGUGGUGACGUAUGCUCAGAGCUCUAGAAAGAUACCCGAGUUUCCGAUUUGGAGUUGGAAUUACCGUUUAAAACGACCUUUCCCAGUCCAGGAUAGUUUUUUUCCAAGUUCCCAGUUAUCUUAAACGUGGCAAUAGCUAGGUCUUGUUCCCAGACGUUGCAUACAUUAACCAAACCAAUUGUUGCGUAAAACGUCAUCGACUGACAGAUUGCUAAAACAUAUGAUAUGGUUAGCUGAUACUUAAAAUACCUAUCCAGCCGUUGUAAGAUAUGGCAUGCGUCAGCAACAUUUACAUUUUAGUCAUUUAGCAGACGCUCUUAUCCAGAGGGACUUACAGUUAGGGAGUGCAUACGUUUUCAUACUGCCCCCCCGUGGGAAUCGAACCCACAACUCUGGCGCCAUGCUCUUCCAACUGAGCUACACGGGACCAACGCCUGGGCAGAGGAACGCGCCCGUAUAGCUUUUGUUGUCCUAAAAACCGGAAAUGAGUUACCUCUGUUUCGUUCAGCUAUUCAUAUGGGGAAAGAAUAGGGAUUCGGGAUAAACACCGAAAAUAAGGUCUAAGGUUAACACAGGCUUAGGAGUUCUUAUACUUUUUGUUUUAUGAGACUAUCAGACCUUUAUUAGUUGGGAAGCCUUUAUGUGCUUGUUUUGAUUACAUACAUGCUUCAAACUACACAAGCGUUAGCUGAUUAAGAAUAUAUUAUAGAACAAAACAUAAGAUCUCCUAAGCCUGUGUUUACCACAGACCCAUUAAUUUCCCCUUUUGCCGCUUUCACGUGGGAUUCGGAACAAGGAAACUCGGGAAAUCUCCGACUUGCUAACUGGAUGUGUUUAUACACGUGCGGCAGCAACCACUUAGCAAGUCGGACAUUACGAGGUGUUUUGACUGGCUGUUAUAUGUAGUGGGAAACACUGAGAGGAUUGGAUUGUCUGGCCCGGUUGCCCGGUAGAUGGGUUAAAGGUGAUUGCGUUCGCUUUGGCCAACGGUGAAUUCAGCUCAAAACAAAAUGGACGUGGGUUAAGGACUUGGAGAAAUGACAGAGCUGCAAUUCUCACGCAUUGACCGUGAGACAUGCGCAUUUGACCCUCUUCUCACACUCCCACGGCACAUCUCUUAUAUCUCACGCAUUGAAAAGUACUGCAUUUAUUUUUAUAAUUAGUCAGCGCGUUAACUGUUCAACUGUGCUCCAAAUCGUUUUGUUAUGAGAGCAUCUGCGCCUGCAAUUUAGCAUCACGAGCAGAAUCUCUCUCAUUGUCCUGUCUUGCCACAGCACUGUGAACCGCGGCUCAUUGAAGCAUACCUAGCAGGUCUAGUUAUGUAAGGGAUCAAGGGGAUUGGAUGCAUGUUGUAAAGAAACGCCCCUCAAGAUUAGAGUGGAGCUGAAUGGCGAGAGAGAACGUAUUCUGCUGAAUGUAUAAAACUGUAAAAGGACCAGCACAGGAGUGCUGUUUUAUAUACAAUGUUGUCAACAAAAUUAGGUUUCUGUUACUCCUGUCCCUAUUAUUGCAGAUUUACAUUUUAGUCAUUUAGCAGACGCUCUUAUCCAGAGCGACUUACAGUUAGUGAAUACAUAUAUAUAUUUUAUACUGGCCCCCCGUGGGAAUCGAACCCACAACCCUGGCGUUGCAAACACCAUGCUCUAUCAACUGAGCUACAUCCCUGCCGGCCAUUCCCUCCCCUACCCUGGACGAAUUGUGCGCCGCCCAUGAGUCUCCCGGUCGCGGCCGGCUGCGACAGAGCCUGGAUUCGAACCAGGAUCUCUAGUGGCACAGUUAGCACUGCGAUGCAGUGCCUUAGACCACUGCGCCACUCAGGAGACUAAUUAAUAUAAUAAUAAUAAUAAUAUUGGACCGCAUGUACUAAAGUCGAUUUAAUCCACACAGCAGACAGACCUACAGUAUGAUUUGGUUUGGUAGGGUGGCAUGUUUGUAACUAUGAAAAAUUAUUUUGUCAAACAGAUUGUGAAACAAAAAGUGUCCAUUUUGAUUCUACAGGGAUGACAAUUAAUAUACAAAUAAUUUGGUUAGGGUGUUGUGGCAGAUUUUGUCAACUUGUCUUCAGGAAAUUUUAUCUAUUUACUUAGUCUGGUCAGUGGAAUGAUUCUCAUUAACAAUGGGCUACAAUAUAGACUAACUACUGUUAUUCCCCACACUUAUUUUAUUAUUCCACUUCUUCCCGGUUUUACCAGUAUAAUCACAUAUUUGAAAUGUGAUAUGCCUAGUUGUCUUUGAAAAUGAAUUAUAUGAGUCUAUACAUUGUUGCCAUUCAUGGACAGUUUUGAAUGAGAUUCAAAUACAUUUACAUUUUAGUCAUUUAGCAGACGCUCUUAUCCAGAGCGACUUACAGUUAGUGAAUACAUAUUUUUUUUGAAAUCAGUCUAUGGACAACGAGACUGCAAUCUAUGAUUUGGUUAACCACUGCCAUCAACCAUUAAUAUUACAAUUUCCUGUGCAGAGCCUUGGUGCACUGUUUUUAGCAUUUGCCUGUCUCCCGAGCUCAUUUAAUUACUGUCUGAAGAAAGUGUCAAACCAACUAUAAAAGAUGUUUAAAAAAAUAUUUGCAUUCUUUAAAUUUGAUCCCUAAAAAAUCUCAAAGCAACAAAGUCAUAGAUUUUUCAGUGUUCAUUUAAUGUUCAAAGCAUCCUGAUUACACUUGACCUGUAAAAAAAAAUCCGCCCUGCUCAUAGGCCUAAGCCAUGUCAAAAUAUGUAGAAUUGCAGGAAAUGAGCUUUAAAACAGUAACAUUUUCCUGAGGGAGGACCCCCCCAGUCCCCCAUCUAGGGGUUGUGCCAGAUGGCAAUGAAAUUCAAAUAGCAAAUCUCUCCAAGCUUUCUUCAAAAGUUGGCUGCACUGUAAUGAGUAGGAUUCUGUGUUUUCACAUGCAAAAGUGAUUACUAUUGAAGAUAGACACUUUCUGCCUUCCCAAUCUGCCUUUUAUGGAAAGGAGAUGUAUAUUUCUGAACGAUAGACCAUGCUGAAAGAUGACCGGAGGGGCGCAGAUUACUGUUUGAUUUGAGAAGAGCGCUCCUUCCUCACCACUUUUGCCCUUUCACCUCACAGGCCAUAGACCGGUGCACCUCGGCUCAGCUUAAUCCUUAAUCGAACACUGCCGUUGCAAAGAGCGCUCCGUAAACCACGCCCCCAGCGGGCCUAUCUAGGCAUGUUGCUUGUGCACUGGGACACAUUAUAUUACCAAGAUAGGCCUCUCGUUUUACAAUGGGUCUGUGUAGUUAUGCUAAUUUAUUUCAGACCAUGUGUAUUGCAGUUAAUUUUGUCUAUUAACUUAAUAAAUAAAAUAUAUUUUAGUAGCAAACAGGGAAAUAAGUCCCAGACAGUUCUCAAUAGAACAAUAUCUGCCUAAGGGGGGCGUUGUUUAUCUAGUGACCACCAGUGCUUGGAAUAAAUUCUGCUCGUUCACAAGAGAGACCUGAUGGACAUUACAUUCACAUUGUAAUUGACCCUUGUCAGAGACACACUUUGUACUUUUCACACAAAAGAACACUGGUGGAAAUUGUGGCGUCUCCUAGACUUGGCCCAAUAACACUUCUUGAUUUAUAACUGGAUGGAAAAUUGAUAGUUGGAGGGCUACUAUGUUUUCGAUGUGUCAAUUGAAUGCAAUGCAAAUUACGCUAAAGACAGCCAUUGUGAAUUCAUUGUAUGUUUUGUACAGUCUGAUUUGGACAUUUUGUUCUCUGUUGUAUAGCAAGUAAAAUAAAAGCUUAUGUAAAAUGGAAUUGUGAACUGGAAGUGUGACUAAUAGUUUACUAAAGGUAGAGAUCUCUUAAUAUCAGAGAUGUGCCUUAAGAUGUCCGCAUACUUCCCAUUCCGAAACUGUUCGGAAGAGUUUGUGCAUAUAUUAUGAUUACAUUUUGUGACGUUUUUGUUUUGUUUUGGACUUCGGUUUUGUGUGCCCGAACAGCUGAAAAGACCCUCACCGAAGUUUGGAGCCGAAGUCUACGCCCCUUUAUCGGUGAUAGGUCAACAGUAGGGAUUAUUCAAUAAAGUCUGUCAUUCAAUGUGAGAUGACUCGUUUUCAUGCAAAUGUUUUCAUUGAGAAAUACUGCACCAAACAUCUUAGAUGUAAAAUUGUGCAACUAAUAUAUCCUCGGCAAAAACUUUACAAUUAAUAACCAAUUACUUGAGUUAUUUUAGAUUAAUUCUGACAAUGCUACGGCAUCUCAAAAUGGACAAACGGUACUAUUUCCGCUUCUUUCUCGUUUUUUCAAGCAAAAGGUAUUUUAAGGGAGUAUGCAAGCACACUCGUUCGGUUCAGCUAGGCGCCAGCCAAACUGAAUCAUGCUGACGCCUUUACCCAGUCUGUUGGGUAGAGCUAAGGGAACGACUUACAGUAGUAGUGAGUGCAAACAUUUUCAUACUGGUCCCCCAUGAGAAUCGGACCCACAACCCUGGCGUUGCAAGUGCCAUGCUCUACCAAGUGAGCCACACGGGACAGCACAGAUGCUAGACCGUGGAAUCACAGUUGACUUGUAGUACUUUGAUGAAUUUCGACACUUGAUAAGUAUUUAUGUUAUUGAUAAGUUGUGUUGAACACAGGUUGUACAUGUGUGUGUCCACUGUCCACAGUCUGUCACUCACUGCCUCUUCACCUGAGAGCUAACACAUCUUCAGCUACCAGCACCUAAGGAAUUACAGUCCCCUUGGUUAACCCCAACAAAGGCUAAAUACUAGGCCUACAUGGCAACAAAAACACUUCCAAUGGUUACAUGACUGUUCAGAAACUUUAGAAUAUAAAGAUCCAGGUGUCAUUAGGUGUCAUUCAAUUUUUUGCAAUUUAUCAAUUGUUAACAUUGAUCCAUCCAUCACACAAGUGCACAAAGGUACACACACAAACAGAAUAAAGGAUGUUUAUUCAAACAGUCAUUCAUUGACAGAAAUAGCCAUAUUCUCCUAUUGCAACAGCCUGGCCCUGCCACGUUUUUGUAAACUGUGGGAUAGGCUAGAAAAAUAUAACCAUUCAAAUUCAUAAAACAGAUUUAUAGAUGGUCUAAUAUGAACUAAUACAGCUUUAGAUCUUGGGUUAUGAUAGGCAGUGUUCAAAUGAUUCUGCAUUGCUUUUCAGUGGAAUUGACCUUAACCCUAGUUGUAGCAGUUUAUUGAUCCUAACUUGGAUGAUUGUGUAUUAAGGAUUCUUGUGGUGAUAAAUCAAUGUACAGAGACAGGACAAGGUUCACAAUAAGGUCUUAUUGGCAACAAUGAAGACAACCAGGUCAAUGAGCAGAAUUGCCCAAUCGGAAUGUACAAAACAUACAAUGAAUUCACAAUCGCAAUCUUUAUUGUAAUUUGCAUUGCAUACACUUGACACAUUGAAAACAUAGUCGCCCUCAUUAUUCACCAUGCGUUUCAAUAAGGAAAGAGCAACAGUCUGUUUUCCAUCCAGUAUUAAAUCACGGUCAUAUAUGACCAGCAAGCUCAGACAAUAUCCAUAGCUAGGCUAUAGAGGGUACAAACACUUCAAGACCCUAUGGUCAGAUGGCUGUUCAUAAAGAUGUCAUGGUAAGUAAAGAAAUCCAAGUUUCUGUGUGGAGGCAGCAACAGGCAGAUAGAGGGGAGGGGAGGGGGGCAGGCACGUCCAGGUGUCGGCCAGGGUGCCCUCAGCCGUUGUCCUAGAGCCUCGGGUGGGGAGACUCAGAGAAAUAGAAAACGGGUUAGUGAGAGCAUCCCUAAGAUCUUUCUUAUUGAUCAUAGAUUGACUGCAAUGCACUUGACUCAGAUAUAUUAGCAUAACUACACAGAACCACCGCAGACCCACUGUAAAAUGAGAUUCUAUCUCCAUUUGAGAUCUCCUUACUAAAAUGUGCACAAGCAACAUGCCUAGCUCUGCCCACUGGGGUGUGGCUUACAGAGCGCUCUUUGCAAUCUGCACUCUGAACUUGUACCAGGGUCUUGAGUUAUAUCACCACACCGGCAGGGGCCGACUGGGACCAGAAAUCGGCUUUGGCAUUUCUAACACAUCAGCCCCCUUGAGGCCCCCAAAACGGCCAUUUUCAUUCUCCUCUGAGCCCCCACACCGGCGUUCUUCAUUUGUGAUUAAUCUUAACCUGAAGAGGGACACUGUUACAAAGCAACAGGUCGAAAAAACACAUUGAGUGCAGGGAUUCAUUCAUACCAGAACUCAGGACAGUUUAUUGGUACAAAUAAACUACAAACUGUUAACUAUCAUCAGUGGAUAGACAGAUUAAAGCACUAGAACUAACCCCCUUUCUCCGUUCUUAACAGAACAACUUCCCGGCGUCACAUUUGACCUCACCUCUCAAGAUGACUCCUCCUCAGUAUGACCUGUCACACACCCUCCCUCCCCACACGCUGACCCGGCUGGCACGGGAGUGGCUAGCAGAGGACACACCGAACUUUGACCCUGCAGGGUUGUGUGUGGGGUCACAUGAGGUUGAGGCCAGGUUGUUGUGUAAAACGCCGUGCAGCGUGCUGGCAGGCAGCCCCUUCUUCACUGCUGUCUUCACUGAGCUCAGCUGCACUGUGGAAUGGGCACACAGAGAGGGGGCACAGCUGGGUAAGAGAACAACUAUGAGCCUGGUCAAAAAGCAUGCUGGAGGACUUGGAGAAUACACAGAUGCCUCACAAAUAUGAUGACAAUACACCUCAAGUCUGAUCACACUGCCAAAUUCAUUUGGAGAAGGUAUUGGGGAAACAAGCUUUGAGUCUGGCAUACACAAAAUUCAGUUGGAAUAGAUUCCAAUCUAACCAUUAAAUACAGUUCACUCACAUGAUGUUUGUAAUUUUUUAGGUAAACUCUACUUUGACCUCACCUCCACCAGGUCCAGAUGCGGUGGCCCAGACUGCUGUGGUCAGAGGUCCAGCAAGGUGCGUCCUCCUCGGUGAGAGACCGGCCCUCAACUGCCUGGCCCGGGCCUCGGGGAUAGCCACCCGCUGCUCCCAGCUACAGAGCAUCGCCAGGGAGGCAGGCUGGCAUGGCCAUGUGGCUGGCACGCGUAAAACCACCCCUGGGUUCCGGCUGGUGGAGAAGUAUGCCAUGCUGGUGGGCGGCGUGUCCAUGCACAGACAGGACCUGAGUGGUAUGGUGAUGCUGAAAGACAAUCACAUAUGGGCAUCAGGGAGUGUCACACAGGUAGGCAGGGGUGGAUGGCUCAAACUGUUCAACAUUUGACAUCAACCUAUACUAUAUUGUGGUUGUCGAUUCCUCUGAAAUCCUUUCACAAAUGCAUGAAAAUCAGAGUGCAAGAAUGUCCAUGUCUUUCAUAUUCCAAUAUGUACAAUUAGAUCUGGCCAUUUUCUAAUACGAGUGCUUAGCUGAAGUCUUUCCUCUGUGCAUUUUGAAUAGAGAUACAUUUUGCAUUCUGAUAGAGAACUGAUUUGAUGUAAUUCCUACCUGUGUGGGUUUCCAGGCGGUGAGGGACGCCCGCUCUGUGUGUGGCUUCAGCAGUAAGAUCGAGGUGGAGUGCGGCAGCCGGGAGGAGGGCAGUGAGGCUGCCACGGCAGGAGCUGACAUCGUCAUGCUGGACAACUUUAAGCCACAGGUGAGACUGAUGAAGGACAUCCCAAAGACAUCAGGGAAGUCAUGUAGAAGCGGUAGAGACGUACUGGAGGGCUUGUGAUAAAGCAGAAGACAUAUUUCCGUUGGACAUUCAUGUACAUUGGACUAUCAAUUAAAGUAAUAUUCUUCUUCCUCCUGUGUGUCAGUGCUGUGCAUUUCGUUCAAUCUCUUCUUUCCUACACGGUCUCUUCCCGAACUCGUCCCUUUCGGCCUCUAUUCCUCCUCUGUCCCUUCCUCUCUCAGGAACUCCAUGCGGCAGCACAGCUUCUGAAGGAGGAGUUCCCGUCUGUGCUGAUCGAGGCCAGUGGAGGGGUGACCCCAGACUCCCUGCCACAGUAUCUCUCCCCCCAUGUGGACAUAAUCUCUCUGGGCUGUAUCACCCAGGGUUGCCCCGUGGUAGACUUCUCCCUCAAGGUUCAAAAGCCUGUUGCCUUUCCAAUCAUUUUCCAAUCACAGUAACUGUGGCAAUUCAGGAUUUUUGUUAAAAAUUUAAAAUAAAAAGCAAUGGGCAAUUUCCUCACUUUUCAUCUAGGAGAUUAAGAGAAAAAAUCCAGGAAUGUUACAUGAAAUGUAAAACUAUGACAUUCAGAGAUGAUGACUGUAUGAUUUCUUUGCUGGGUACAACUACAACUAAUGUAUAAAUCAUUAUUAAAACUGUGGAGUAAGACUGUUCCCUCAGUUUCUUUUGUCCCAAAGUGAUCAUUAUCUAUUAUAUAGGAUAUGCUUUAGAAUCCCACAUUUCUAUAAUCCACCAGGAGAAAAUAUGAUAAAUUACAAAGUCACUAUACUGUAAAAGCUUCAUGGAUUAAAACACCACACUUCCACCACUAAUAUUGCCAUCACCUGUUCAAUUAAUAUGAAUAAACCAGAUAUCAGUAUUCAAAACACUUAAAUUAAACAUGCAUAAAAUGGCCAUCUUUGAAUCUAUAUUAUAUAGGC